AUACACAGUUUUUGUAUGUUGAAGAGGGGUGUCAGAGUGUGUAUGUGUGUUUUUGGGUGUGUGUAUGUGUGUGUGAAAAGGAGUCAGAGAGAGAAGGAGAGAGAGAGAGAGAACAUGGAUACGACAUUAGGCGUUACUUGUAAACUAGUCCUGGUCUUGAAUUGAAGAACUACCAGCUCCCGGCGGACCAUUAACACGGGAUUAUUAUGCCCAGCGCCAACGUGUCCGUGCGAAGUUUAUCCGAAGUGGAGAAAUACCUCAGCAGCAGCAGCAGCAGCCGGAUGGUGAGUUAUCAUAGAAAGAGUCCUGUGUUCAAGAAGAACAGAUGCCAGAGAGGGGGAGAGAAUGGGAUGAGGACAGAGGCUGAAAUACCCUAGGCAUGCUAGAUCGGAGUACUGAGACCAGUUUUCUGAGCAUCCCUGCAUCGAUGCGGCGAGGAUCUUCAGAGAACAAUCUGGAUCUGGAUCUCAGUGAUGCAAGUCCCGGUCCUGCUCUUGGUUUUGAGGUCCAGCGUAGUCGCUCUUGCUUGGACAACCUCCAGCAGAAGAUACUUAAAGUCACAGAGCAGCUAAAGAUUGAGCAGACAGCCCGAGACGAGAACGUAGCUGAGUACUUGAAGCUGGUGAACAGUGCAGACAAGCAGCAAGUGGGACGCAUCAAACAGGUAUUUGAGAAGAAGAACCAGAAAUCAGCUCAAAACAUUGCUCAGAUGCAAAAGAAACUGGAGCAGUACCAUAAAAAGAUGAAGGACAGUGAAAUCCAUCACAGCCCAUUCCCUCACUCGUCCACUGUCAAACACAGCACCAUACCCAGGGAAUCACCCAGAGAGCUGCUGAGGGAUAUGACUGGCAGUGGCAGACACCCGACCAUGGACAAGAUCAAGACCAUCGGACCAGGUGUGUCCCUCUCCCCUCCUUUCUUCUUCAGCAAGCCCAGAGAGUUUGCCAACCUCAUCAGGAACAAGUUUGGCAGUGCUGAUAACAUCGCCCACCUCAAGACCACUCUGGACGCCUCCUCUCCAUUGCCCACUGACAGUGCGGGAAAGGGGCUGAGUAGCAGCACCUCUAUGGUUGGAAAGCCCAAAUAUCCCAGUGAUGACGAAUGCUCCUCAGGUAGUGCUUCCAUUUCGGCAGACAGUAACGGGAACCCAGCGGGUGGAGGAGGAGUGUCAGUGGGGCAGGCGCAGGGUCAGGGCCUCAGCCAGGGGCAGCCAGCAGGGGGAGACAGUCAGAGCAGACUGGCCCUGAGCCUGGAGGAGGUGAGGGAGAUCAAAGACGCCCAGAACCAGUUGGAGGAGGAUAUGGAGGAGCUAAAGGCUCAGUUCAAGAGAGAGUAUGGCAUCAUCAGCCAAACACUGCAGGAAGAGAGAUACAGGUAUGAGCGUUUGGAAGACCAACUUAAUGACCUGACAGAGCUUCACCAACAUGAGAUGGCUAAUUUGAAGCAAGAGCUAGCUAGCAUUGAGGAGAGGGUGGCCUACCAGGCACACGAAAGGGCCAGGGACAUACAGGAAGCCCUCGAGUCGUGUCAGACCCGAGUGUCCAAGCUGGAGCUCCAGCAGCAGCAGCAGCAGCAGACGGUCCAGCUCGAGAGCCGUGACGCCCGAGUCCUGCUGGGGAAGAGCAUCAACAUAAUGCUGGCCAUCAUCACCGUCAUCCUGGUGUGUGUCUCCACCGCUGCCAAGUUUGCUGCUCCACUCAUGAGGAGCCGAUACCACAUGGUAGUGACCUUCCUGGGGAUUUGUUUUUUGACCGUUUUCUGGAAGAACUGGGACCGCUUACAGUAUUCCAUAGACAGGUUACUGGUGCUUGGCUGAUAAUGAGGAGAACAUACUGAGAACAACAAUAACAUGGACGCUGUCAGUUGUCAGGAUAGGACUGUCUAAGAGGAUUGGUUGUACAAUCGUCAAAAGACAUGCAUUUACAGAGGUCACAGUUUUUUAAAAGUCAGACUGAAAUGAAAUUUUGGUGAUUUUCUUGUCUAGAACUUGAAUGUGUGUAGCUAAUAAUUUCAUUUAACCUUUAAAAUAAUAUUUAUAUAACAGCAAAUGUUGUUACUUUCCCAGUGAUUGCUAAGAAAUCAUCACAAGACACAAAAGGUCAAUUCAAGGAUUAAGAAGGGUGAAGAGAAGUGCAUUUUCACUAUAAUGCAGCAACAUGGGAUUGGGAAAUAACACAUAGAAAAGGUCAAAUUGAGGCAAAUGAUUUUUUGCUUCAUCUUAAGGUUAAUAUCUCUCAAACUAUUGAAGGCAUGCACAUACUUCAAGCUUGGUAUCUUGGCCACAGCUACGAAAUGCUAAGAAGGAAUAGUCGGACAUUUUGGGGAAUGUGCUUAUUUGCUCUCUUGCUGAAGGUUAGAUAAGAAGAACGACACCACUUUCAUGUCUGUGUGGUAAAUACUGAGCUACAGUCAGUAGCUGUUUAUCUUAGCUUAGCAUAAAACAGUAAAACAGUAUAACAGUUAAUGAGGUAUAGGUGGUAGCUGGACUUUGUUACCUUUAGAGAGAGCCAGGCUAGCUGUUCCCCUCUGUUUCUAGUCUUUGUGCUAAGCUAAGCUAAACGGCUUCUGGUCUUAGCUCCAUGUUAACUUUGAGAGUGGUACAGAUUUUCUAUCUUUUGGCUAAAAGAUUAAUAAGCAUAUGUCUUCUUGAAGUAUUGUUUCUGAUAAGAAACCUACAGACUAAAGCACAGAGGAAAAUGACAUCCAUUUUUUUUAUGUGUUUAGUUUCUUUAUUCCUUUUUGCCUUGUCUGCCCUUUGUGGUCAGUCAUCUCUUAAUGUUGCUCUGUGUACUGUUCCUGAUGUUUAAAGUGCAAUAUAUUUGAUUUUUAAGAGCACUGUUUCUAACAUUAUUCUAUUAGGAGUGAGUGUCUCACGUCAAUGUUUUACAGUGACAGUGUGUUGGUGCAAGCAGGGGGGGUGCAGUGAGGGUGGCAUGAGAGAUCCAUAACCACUGAAGCCACUGCUGGGCUGUGAUAAGACCAGCUGUCUCUUCUCUCAAGGGCCAAAAAUCAAUCCAACUGCAUUACUGUGCUGGUAGCACGGUAAUAUCAACACACGCCAGCUCACCAGUUCAGCCACACAUGCGCACACACCCAAACAACAAAAAACAAGAGUCAGUCCCUCGGCUCUUGUGUAUUUACAUGUCUUAUGGGUUUUGCCCAGUUUGAUGUUUGUCUUUUACUAAUAAUGUGAUUGAGAGGCGAUGGGUUAUACUGUGAUUACCAGGCCUUUUUAUGCAGAAAAAUGCAAUUCCCUUUUUUUAAGAAGCAACAAACAGCCUUCAGUGCUCCAAUGAUGACAGAGGAGCACAUUACAGGCUCUGAGUGAUGAACUAUGAGCCUAUUUUAUGGACUGACCAAUGUGUUAUUUCAUUCAUGUUUGUCUCAUGAACAUUGCCUAUGAAGCUACAGACUACUUUUUAAUGUUUGUCUGCCAUUAUAACAUGUUUGUGUUAAUGUUUGUUAUCGUCUCUGUUCUACUGACUGUAUCAUAUUUUUUUAUGUUCCUGUUUUUGACAUAUUUGAGGAAGUUUUUCCUGCAGAACUACAGAUCUGGUUUACAUUCUUUUUUCAUCUCCGGUGCACUGUGUGAUCAAUUAGUUGUAUUUUCAUGCAUUAUGUGCCUUUGUCUGACAAUUUCUGUUAAAUUAAACAAACCUUUUUAAUCAA